GUAGUAUGGACGUCGAAACCGCCGUUCGUUCUGCUGUUGAUGCCGGCGCGUUCAUUCGUCCAACUUUCGACCAGAAAAUCUUCAAGGAUCAGUGCGCGUACUGUUUCAAAGACCCACACGGAAAAGAUGGUCUCUACAUUAGUCUGAAGAACUAUCACGCUUUUUGCCGCGAGCACGCAGAAAUCUACGGAACAACCUCUGGAAACACUCUUUUUGUACAAUUUGAGUCCACAAAGAAAAUAAUUGAAGAAAGAACCGAUGGGGAGCCAACGAGCAAGAUGACCAAGCUCACAAUCGAUUCAGAUCCAAAGUUUGAAUUUGAGGACAAAUACUGUGUUGUUGUUCACCCAGAAUACUCGCAGCAGGUGAAAAAUGUGCAGAAUCUUCCGGAAAUUGCUGAAGCAAUUGCACAAAUUGCCAACACGACAAGUGCCGAACGCCUGUCACUUCUCUCAUCAACCAGUAAUGCGUGGGAUGCCGAGAUCAAGCUUAUCACUAAGCAUCAAAAUCUCGAGCAACAAGACAACGGAAAGCACCUCGCUCUUACUGGAUGGACUUGUGAAGUUGAGGGAUGCGGACUUAAUGAUAAUCUGUGGCUCAAUUUGACCGAUGGAGCUGUACGGUGUGGGCGGAGCCAAUUUUUGUCCGAUGGGAAGAAGACGAAUGGAAAUGGACAUAUGCAAGAUUAUUUCGAUUCUACGAGAUUCCCACUUGUGGUAAAGCUCGGGACAAUCUCCUCAAACCUUGAAUUGAUUGAUGUCUACAGUUAUGAUGAAGACGAUGCAGUUAUUGAUCCAAAUUUGGAGAAGCAUCUGAAACAUUUCGGACUUGACCCAACAAAAAUGGAGAAAACUGCGAAAAGUACGAUGGAGAUGGAAUUGGAUAUGAAUGAGAAGUGGGAAUGGUCAAAAUGCACAGAGGAUGGUCUUUUAUUGGAACCAAUAUUUGGACCAGGAUAUACGGGACUUGUGAAUACUGGAAGCAGUUGUUAUAUGAAUUCAGUUCUUCAAGCUCUUGUCACAGUCGACUCAUUCCAAACUCGUUACGGUGAGCAGGGUCUCGAGACGCUUGUCAACUGUCCACUUGACAAACUUCACAAUGAUUUCAACGCUCAAUUUUCAAAAGUUGUCCGCGCGAUGCUCAGUGGUGACUAUUCAUCCGAAAUGGAUCCGACUAAUAAUCACAUCAAACCGCUUCAAUUCAAACGAGUUGCUGCUGGAAAUCAUCGAGAUUUCUCCACUUCGAAGCAACAAGAUGUUGAGGAAUAUAUUCGUUUCCUCUUCGAGAAAAUCGCCGAAAACUCGAGAACCGAAGUGAUUGACCCAACCGAUUCGUUCAAAUUCAAAGCAAUCAAUCGCUUCGAGGAUAGAGGAACUCGUAGAGUCAGAUACACUGAUCAGGAGGAAAUGCUCAUUCGUCUUCCAAUUUCUGGGGAUCUUCUACGCCCGAUUCCGGACACUGAAAAUCGUUAUUCGGUCGACAUGAAAGCUGCAAUUCAUGCAUAUUUUGAUGUUCAAAAGAUUGAUGACUAUAUAUCACCAAUCACUGGAGAACCAAAAGGAGCCACCAACACUAUUUCUAUGAAGACUUUCCCCGAUUAUUUGUUCUUCCAAGUUUCGAAAUUCGCUUACAACGUCGACGGAACUCAAAAGAAACUUGACAUGGAGCUGGAAAUCGAAGAGGAAUUGGAUCUCAGUGGAUAUCGAGGACAUGGAAAGUUGGAACAUGAGAUUGCUCUUCCAGAUGAGGAACCAACUGCUCCACGAACAACUCCAGAUAUUCCAGCAAGUGUUCGUUUUGUUGCUGGAGAGCUUAUGUUGAUGGGAUUCUGUGAGAAUGCGUGCUACAGAGCAGCUUAUUAUUCCAAUGGAAAUGUGGAGAUUGCAUCAAACUGGCUCAUGGAGCAUAUGGACGACUCUGAUAUCAAUGAUUUGUUUGUGAUUCCAUCUGGAACUCCAUCAGCUCGUGGAGAAGUCGAUCCGAAUCUUGUCGCGUCGAUUGUUGAAAUGGGAUUCUCUAAUCAUCAAGCAAAGUAUGCUUUGAAGCAGGUGCCGACUGUUGCAGAGGCUGUUGAAUGGCUUUUUGCCAAUAUGGAUAGUAUCCCAGUAGAGUCAGCCGCCGUCGGUCUAAGCUCGGAUGCUCCAGAGCCGUCUGUCACAGAAUCGGCAACUCAAAAGACAUUCAAGGAUGGUGGAGAGAAAUAUAAGUUGAUUGGGAUGAUUUCUCAUAUGGGAUCACGUCCUGAUUCUGGUCAUUACGUAGCUCACAUGCUCAAAGAGGGAAAAUGGGUUCUCUUCAAUGACGAAAAAGUUGCACUCUCCCAGGAUCCACCAAAAAAGUUGGCCUAUGUCUACCUGUACAAGCGAAUCGCCUAAUUUUAAUUUUAAAAUCCCCCAGCCAUUUCCCCGCUUUUCGUCCUGCUAUUUAAUUUUCCUACUUUCUGUGAAAAAGCUUAUUUAUUUUCCAUUUAUAUAUUUAUGUUUAUUAAAUCCCGAAUUCCCCCCCUCGAUUUCCCCCAACUCUUGCAUACUUGUGUCCCUCUCAACUUAUUUUAUUUGGUAAUUGCAAUUUCAUGAAUCGAAACAACCUUGGACACUGACAA